AUGGAUAAUGAAUACGCCACGACCUCCAUUCUGGAUGGCAGAGAUGGGGCGGAACUUUUCAGGACACUGCAGCAGGAGGCCGGCGGCACACACGACGGAGACUUUGAUAGAGAAGGAAAGGAAGAUCCUGCCUCUUCUGGGUCUCUAGAUGCACAAGUUCCAUUCAUUUCCGGGACUUAUAAGACAAUUACAGAGCACCUCAAUGCCGGAGAUCAACCAGAUACGCAUGCUACUAUACAGUACGAGCCGCCAUCAUCAUCUAGAGAUGACUAUACCCCACAUAUUCUCCACGCACGUCAUGGAGAAUGUCCCAUGGUAUUGGUAAACCGUGCGCCGAACGGGAAUCCUGGAAAUAUCGCCAGUAAUUUGCACAAUGCACAGGAUGCAGCCUGGCUUGCAGGGCUGAAAUACGCCCAAAGGAAGGUUUUCAUCCAAAGUCCGACUUUAAAUGCAGUCCCUGUGGUUGAAGGCAUCUUGAAUGCAGUCAGGCGCGGCAUCGAGUGCACAUUGUAUAUAGACGUGGGUUUUAAUGAUGGUGGGGAAGCACUUCCUGGGCAGGGGGGCACGAAUGAGGAAGUAUCCAAAACGAUGUUCGCACAGUUAAUUGACGAGGAGCAAGAGAAACUCAAACUCUAUUGGUAUACAGGCAUGUGCUUCUCCCGCAAGGAUCAAAUCAAGCCCAUUAAUGCGUCCGCGCAGAAACGGAACUGUCAUGUGAAACUAAUGAUCAUUGACGAUUCUGUUGGAAUCGUAGGCAACGGUACCAAGUCUUGGUAUCAUAGUCAAGAGGUGAACGUUAUGGUCGACAGCCCCACGGUAUGUCGGGAAUGGUUUGAUGGCAUACGGAGAAAUCAGAACACGCAUUUACAUGAGGUGGCGAAAGAUGGCAUAUACCGUGAUAUGAACGGAAACCCACUUACGGACUCUACUGGUGUUGGGUCAGGAUUUCGAGGAAUGGUCAAAGGGAUCCAGGGGAGUAUCGCGCGGGCUCGUGGCAAGGGUGGGUUUUAA